CUCCGUCAGCCACCUGAAAGUCUCGCGAGACUUCACCGCCGCACGUCAUCGUCGAAAAGAAUAGGAUCGCUAAUGGAGGAGGUGAAAAUAUCCGCAGUUUGAACGACGAAAGGUACCUGAAGCCAUGUCGGAGUCUCUGUAUGAGAAGUUCCUGGCCCCAGAGGAGCCGUUCCCUCUCCUCUCCCAACGAGCCAACCUCAGCGAUGUGGGAACGCUGGACGUCAGUGACUUCGGCUGUCAGCUGUCGUCUUGUCACCGGACGGACCCUCUGCACCGUUUCCACUCUAACAGGUGGAACUUGACCUCCUGCGGCACCAGCGUGGCCAGCUCCGAGUGCAGCGAGGAGCUCUUCUCCUCCGUGUCUGUAGGAGAUCAGGACGACUGCUACUCCCUGCUGGACGACCAGGAACUGACGUCGCUGGACCUGUUCCCAGAGGGCAGCGUUUGCAGCGACGUCUCCUCGUCCAUCAGCACGUACUGGGACUGGUCAGACAGCGAGUUUGAGUGGCAGUUGCCGGGAAGCGACAUCGCCAGCGGCAGCGACGUGCUGUCAGAUAUCAUCCCGAGCGUGCCAAGCUCACCGUGUCUGUUCUCCAAGAGGAAGCCGAAGCCCCACCCACACCGCAACCUGGAUGAGCUGCCCUGGAGCGCCAUGACCAACGACGAGCAGGUGGAGUACAUCGAGUACCUGAGCAGGAAAGUGAGCACGGAGAUGGGCCUGAGAGAGCAGCUGGACAUCAUCAAGAUCAUCGACCCGUGCGCUCAGAUCUCCCCGACCGACAGCGAGUUCAUCAUCGAGCUCAACUGCCUCACCGACGAGAAGCUGAAGCAGGUGAGGAGCUACAUCCGGGAGCACAGCCCCCGGCAGCGGGCCAGCAGCACCCGGGAGGGCUGGAAGAGGAGCAGCCACAGCAGCGCCAGCACGGGCGGCGUCAGCAGCAGCAACGCCAGCAUGGUCAGCUCGGCCAGCUCCUCCACCGGCUCCACCGCCUCCAACUCCGUUGCAGGCGGCACGGCGUCGGCCUGCAGCGGCAGCAGCGUGGCCAACAUCAGCAGAGCCCACAGCGACGGGAACCUCUCCAGCGCCGCCGAGCGCAUCCGGGACUCCAAGAAACGCUCGAAGCAGAGGAAGCUGCAGCAGAAGGCGCUCCGCAAGCGGCAGCUGAAGGAGCAGCGGCAGGCGCGCAAGGAGCGUCUGAGCGGCCUGUUCCUGAACGAGGAGGUGCUGUCGCUGCGCGUGACGGAGGAGGACGACCACGGAGACGACCUGGACAUACUGAUGUGACAGCAGUGAACCACUCAGUGCUCCCUCUACGCCUGCUGCUCGCCGCUGCAUAGACCGCCGCGCUAACAGUAGCCUAGAUCUGUCUCGUGUUUGCUCGCUUCCACUAGUGGAACAUGUUUAAAAAAAAAUAAUAAUAAAUAAAUAACAGUAUGAUGAUGCUAAAGCUAAGCAGAUUGCAGAAGCAAAAUUAGAAUUUGAGUUGAUUAAAGCUGACCUGGGGUCUGCUUCUAGGUGCGCUAACAGCUUCUCCGCCGCUGCGAACACGGCCGCCGCAGAGCGACGGAGCGGACGGCUCCGUGGCGUCCUCAUGGCCGCUCCGUCUCUCUCCGCUGUGUGAGCGCCGUGGUCUCAUCCUCACUAAGGCUUAGAGGGAGCACUGAAACUCUGCAUGUCUCAGCCGCCACGCCACGCUGUCCAUAACCUGCGCUGUAAAUAAGAACGAUCUACUCGCUUUCUGCGUCUCACAGGUUUUCCUUUGGUGUUCGUGUGAAUAUGCUUCUUAUCCGACGUCGUGGACGAACUGCUCUUUCCGGCUGUGCGAUAUUUAGUCUUAUCCUGAUGCUUCUGAUUGUAGCCGCAGCUCUUGCUCUUGAUUCUGACUGUGACGGUUUUCCAGUGUGAAGGGUCCAAACGGACCCGCUUCCUGUGGACUCCACCGCUCCUCCCUGCUCAGUUCUGUUUAUUUUUUUCUUUCUCCUGUAUAAAAGCUCUUGAGUGCAGCGAAGCGGCUUUAUCCUCCAUUUGGAAUGAAUCAGUCGAACUCUAUUUUGGAAAUUUAAGAUAAUUUUGAAAAAAACAAAGUGUGAUGCAACAAAGUGUCGGAUGGUAUGAUUGAACCUGCCGGGAGGACCGACCCGCUUCACGUGGCGCCCGUCGCCUCGCAGCAGCAGCAGCGACGUCUGUGGAGAACAUGUUCGCUCCUCUCAAACCACUACAGCUGUACGCUGCUCCUCCUCUGGAGUCCUGCACAUCAACUAAUAAACAUACAUUGUUGCAUCA